AGCUAGAGGAGACUGACCAAACACAAGCAUGGACGGACUGGAUAGAGCAUGCUGAAGAUGCCUUCAUUGCAUUCAACAUAACUGAAGAUGCCAAAAGACUAGCACUCAUCAGAUUCUAUGGAGGAAAGAAACUGAAGGAAAUCAUGAAGACAUUGCGUCCAGCGAUACCGACAGACAAAAAAGAACCAACGUUCAAAACAAUGAGAAUAGCACUUGAUGAAUACUUCGGUGAUAAAACAAAUGAAUUAUUUGAACGACACAAGUUCCGGAUGCUGGCGCAGGAGGUCGGGGAAAGUACACACAACUACGUAACCUGCCUACGUACACAAGGGGCCAAGUGCAACUUCGACAACUACAACCUUGACCAAGCCAUCAUCGACCAGUUGACGGAGAAAUGUACUUCACAUAAGAUGCGUCGUGCAUACCUGAAGGAGACAGACAUAACACAGCGGGACUGGGAAAGCAAUCGAAGACAACAAAGUAAGGAUAUACCACGCGUCCCAAAACUGAACUGUCUUGGGUGUAAUGGCACUGGCCAUCGACAUGGACAGAGACAAUGUCCUGCAUUUGGAAAUAAUUGCAACUACUGUGGAAUCGUCAACCACUUUGCCACCGCGUGCAGGAAAAAACAUAACCGACAAGAGAGGGUCAGACAACUGACGGAGGACAGUUUGACGGGUAACGACAACAAUCACGUACACCAGGUGUCGUCCAAGAGCACAAAAGAAUCUGACGAUGGCCAUACCUAUGUGUUCAGAGUGACAUCACACGACACUGCAGAGGAAAAGGUGAUGAUAGAAGACGUACCGGUCGGAAUGUUGAUUGACUCAGGGGCAAACGUCAAUCUAAUUGACGGGGGCACAUUCGACCACAUCAUCAAAAUACGACCGAACAUAGUACUCAAGGAAACGAAUAUCCAACCUAAAGCGUAUGGAAACAUUCCCAUCCCACUCCGAGGAGAGUUCUUUGCAACACUGUCAAAUGGAUCGAAGAGAGUCGCACACAAAAUCCUGGUAACAACAGCGAAACAGGGAGGGAAUAUUCUGAGUAAGCGAGCCAGCUUAGAUCUUGGCCUUCUCAGUAUCCACCAGAAUAACCGUAUUACGACCAGUGAGAUGCCUUCAUCAACCCGGAGGAUACUGGAACAACAUCUACCAGCGCUGAAUGGACUGGGGAGAAUGAAAAACUUCCAACUCAAGCUCGACAUCGACCCAAAUGUCAAACCCGUCGCACAGCCACCUCGGAGAGUACCAUUUCACAUUCGAGGUCCAGUCGAACAGAAGAUACAAGAAAUGCUAGAUAAUGAUAUCAUCGAGAGCGUGGAAGGCCCUACACUGUGGGUGUCCCCAUUGGUGACUGCUCCAAAACCAGAUGGAGAUAUCAGGAUCUGCGCAGACCUCCGCAUAGCAAACAAAGCG